AUGAGUGGACCUGGUAUCGCUGUUUCUGCCUCUGGCAUCUCAACGUAUUUGCUGGUCGCCCUUGCAGGCGCACUGUUCUACGUUGGCACCAAAGCAUACCGCUCGCGCAAAGUCAUCAAUGAUCUGCGCAAACAAGGACUGCCAAUGCCGCCGUUUAGCUGGAUUGCAGGCCAUAUGCUGGUGAUCAAGAAGUGCCUCGAAGAUUUGCCUGUUGACGCUGUCUUCAACUACACCGCUCGCCGUCUUUCUCUCGAUUUCCCCAAACACCACAUGUUCUACCUCGACUUCUGGCUAAUCAGCACCCCGUUCCUUAUUGUCGCCAAUCCUUAUGCCGCCUCACAGAUCACCCAGUAG